AUGAAGAUAUAUAGAUCCGAAGAUCCAGACAUUGCUAUUCCAGAUGACCUCAAUCUUACAGAGCUCCUCCAUAGCAGCGCACGCUCCCCAGCUCUGCAAUCCGGCCAUGUCAUCGCUCAGGAUGAUGUCGAAGACCGCACCCUAACUAUAGGUCAGCUUCGCUCGAAUGCCGGGAAACUUGCAACAGGCCUGACGCAGCAGUACAGCCCCAAGGACCAAAGCCGAUGGGCCGUUAUCCUCCCGAACAGCGUUGCCUACAUCGAAGCUAUCCACGCAGUUCUCUGGCUGGGUGGCGUAUUUUGUCCCAUCAAUCACCAGCUGAAGGCGGGGGAGAUUGCUCACGCCCUGACAGUGUCAAAGCCGGCAUUCGUGAUAGUGUACUCGAAAGUUUUGGAGAAGGUGAUAGAGGCGAUCGAACUUGCGAAGCAAAACUGUCCAGACUUGAAGGAUCCAGAAGUUUUGACUGCCCUCGGCUCGACCACUAAAGGACUCCGAAACCUCUAUGCAGAUUUCAUUUCCCCCGAGCAACUACCCAUACCUCACUAUCGAGACACCAGGAAGAGGCUGGCAUCGAUCCAUCUCUCAUCAGGCACCACCGGUAAUCCUAAAGGGGUCGGGCUCUCUCAAUACAACUAUGUCGCAAAUGUAUUACAAAUGUGGGCGCAUGAUCCGGAUCAUUGGUCACCAGAGGAGAAGAUUGUUUCCUAUACGCCCUUUGUGCACAUCGCCAAUACCACGAUACCCCUUUUCCUUGGACCGUGGACUGGCAUGGUUCACAUCAUCAUGGGAGCAUUUGACCUCGAGACAUACGCGAAAACCAUUCAUCGGACGAGAGCGACGGCGGCACAAGUAUCGCCAAUGACCGCGUUAACCAUAGCAACCACAGAUCUGGUCUCAACGUACGACUUUUCGACCAUCAGGCACAUGACUUGCGGCCCUUUGCCCCUUAAGCAGGAUGAUUACCACGAGUUUCUGCGGCGCGGGAAAUGGAAGACAGUGACUCUUUACGGGAUGACGGAGGCCGCUCCAUACGUGACAUGGCAGAAGAUCCGAGAGCCCAUGCCAUUAGGCAAGAGUGGGACUUUACUGCCAAAUAUCCUUGGAUCAUUGAGGCUUGAAGAUGGCACUGAUGCCCCGGAAGGCGGACCCGGUGAGUUGUGGUUGAAAGGCCCCAACAUGACAGCAGGCUAUGUGGACAACCCUGCUGCGAACCGCACUGCCUUUGACCGAGACGGGUGGUACAAUACGGGUGACGUAUGUACCAUUUCUCCCGAAGGUCAUCUGCAGGUCGUAGGCAGGACGAAGGAGCUGAUCAAAUACAAUGGCUUCCAGGUCUCGCCGACUGAACUAGAAGCAUACAUCAUCUCCCACCCUGCGGUUCUGGAUGCAGCAGUUGGAGGGGUCUGGGACGCCACCAAGAUGACCGAAUUGCCCACGGCAUACGUGGUGCUCAAGGACCACGUAAAGGAGCGAAGACAAAAGGUUCAAGCGCUGAAGGACAUCCAGACCACCGUCGACGAGCAAGUGGCUGGAUACAAGAAAUUGAGGGGAAAUGUCUGGGAGGUGACAUCUUUGCCGAGAAAUGCGACCUUCAAGCUGCUGAGGAAGCAGUUGGGAGUGCAUAAGACAGGGGUAUCCUCGUGUGAAGGUGAAGCCAGAUCUUCCAAAUUGUAG